AUGCCUAAACUCGAGGAUAUAGAAGACAUCGAAGAUGUCGACGAUUUGGAUAUGGAUUUGGCCGAGUUCGAUCCUGACUUGAGAACCCCCAUUGCACCUGCCAAGCCCAAACCAAGCGUGGUGAGAAGUCAGGACCAGGAGCCUCCAAGUUUUCAGCCUUCGUUCAACAGCAAGACAUCUGACAUCCGACAGCAAAUGAGGACCCACGACCAACUUUCAGAGGAAGAAUUGGCAGAGUUGAAAAGCAUGCAGCUGAUAUACCCAUGCUAUUUUGACCUGAACCGUUCAGUGAAGGAGGGGAGACGGGUGCCCUUGGACCACUGUGUUGAAAACCCUCUUGCGAAAACUAUUUUGGACGCAUGCCGCCACCUCAACCUAGCAGCUGUGCUGGAACCUGAAAAAUCCCACCCACAAGAUUUUGGAAACCCAGGAAGAGUCAGAGUGGGGCUAAAAUACAAAGGCCAACAAGUCAAUCCUACCAUUAAAACCAAAAGAGCUCUGUUACUCAAAAUUUCAGAAUACCUGGAAAAUCAUCCUACCACUUUGGACACUGUCAAGGAGCUUCCAGGUCCGCCAGAGCUAAUGCAGGGAUACGAGCCUAUGGAGGUGAGUAAGGUAAAGAAGUUCAAGAUGAACACCAUUGUUCCACUACAUUCUCCCUUGACGAUGAAAAAUCCUCAAACGGCGUCGGCAUAUAUCAAGACUCCACAAACAGGGACAUCUGCACCCAAGAUUCCAAAGCCAAAGGUGCAGAGAAUCAGGGCAUAGAGAGCGGUAUAUCAGAAUCUAUUUCUCAGUACGAUUAUUUAGCAGUAGCAGGAACAUAUUGCUGACGGUACCCUAAAAUCAUGUCUAAUUGCUCUUUUGUGAGCUGGUCCUUUAGAUUCUCAAUUAUGUCGUCCAGACAGACAAUAGACAAAACAGGAACGUUGUAUCUUUUGGAAACAGCAGCGGUUGCGCUUUGGUCGGAGUCUUUGACCACUUCCUGUCUGUCCAAAGCGAUAAUGCAACCAAUGGCCUGGCCAUUUUCGUUCUUGAUGAUGUCAAACGCCUCACUGAUGGCAGUUCCGGCGGUCAUAACGUCGUCAAUGAUCAGGAUCCUCUUGUCUUUCAGCGGACAGCCCACUAUCAUUCCACCCUCUCCAUGGUCUUUCUUCUCCUUUCUAUUGAAAGAGUAGCCAACAUUGGCGUACUUGUCGCCACCGAGUUCAUAAAGUUUGACAACAGUAAUAGCCGCAAGUGGAAUUCCCUUGUAUGCUGGACCAAACAGGACAUCAAACUCCAAUCCCGACUCAAUGAUGGUCUGGGCAUAUGCUGUGGCCACAUUGCUCAGAGCAGCAGCUGUUGAAAAUUGGCCCAUGUUGAAAAAGUAUGGCGACGUUCUGCCAGAUUUCAGAGUAAAACUGCCAAACUUCAAAGCCUGCACAUCAAGAGCAUCUUUCAGGAACUUAACUUUGUAGGACAU